UACAGUAUUUUGUUUUAAACGGACGAAAAUUGAUGCGCGCGCGGAUGUCAUCCAUAUCAUUUUUUUAUAAUCAAAUCAACAUGGCCUUAUCGGUGAUUAAUUAACGACAAGUGUGAAAUGACCGUGAUCUCGCCUGUGACGGGUUGUCUGAGAGAAGUGGGCGGGACGGUUUGUCGACAACUGCUCAAACAAACUACACCUCAAACACAGACGUGUGAAAACUAACAACACCCGAUUAUAGCUAAUUAAUUUCGUCACUGAAAUGGGUGGAUCCUUGGGGUGGAUCGGUCGUCAGACAAGAGAAUGGCUGGAAAAACCUCGUUCCCAGGUGCUGUGUGUGUCUGUCACCAUUGCAGUAGGCGUGAGCCUUCAAUGUCUGGUACCCAGGCUACACAUGUCUAUCAAAGCCAAAGCCUUGUUCUGUGUGGUGAAAUUAAACGACGUUUCGUACGGUACAAGAGCCUAACAAACAGAAUGGAAACUCGACUCAUUGGAUCGAUUACAAUAUCAUCAAUCGAUCGAUCAUAACUUCUGCUCACACGAGCACAAAAAGCACACGGAAAAGAGGGUUCAAACAGACUAAAACAUGUUAUCAUUUACCAACCACGGUUUCAUUUCAACACUUCUUGCAAUUUUUGUCCCGCUCCGUUUGACCUACUCCGGACCAGAACACUUUUACAAGUUAUGGGAGAUCGAGGAGCUUUUAUCGAUGUAGAACGCAUGGAACGCGGAUGGAACGGCACUAUGGAUGACGUAAUAGAUUCGUUCUUUCUCUACCUUAGCAACCGUGAUCGUUCGAAUCACCUUUCUCAGGUACUAACAAGAUGGCGUCGUAUUUACCUGCCUUUACCAUCAUAUCUUGUAACUAUUUGUAGCGUCUUUUGAUGCAAGACAAGUUUUGGUAAAAGAUAUCAGAGGAGGCCAGCAAGUAUUUGCAUCCCGGUGGAUUUGGGCUACUUCCAUCUAUUGAGGCAUGGCACAGGACGGGGUCUCGGAUGCACCUGCUACCCUAGCCGGGCUCUCAUUGGUGGACGCCCCUCCAUCCCAGGAUGACGUAUUCACGCAGUAUUUACAUAGUGGGAACCAUUGCUGGUCUAAUCGCCCGGGACCCCGUUGUCUAAGCGCUACGUCGUCUUUCGCUUACAACAAGCAGACCAGGAACAAGAUGCUUUUGACCCACCAGGAGAUACCCUUCCACCAGCGCCCUCUCCACCUUCUGACUUUGGAGGAAGAGGAGUUUCUCUGGGAAGAUGAGGAGGACAGAGAGCUGACCCCCAGCGAGGCACUACGACUGGCCAUCACGGAUUAUUGCCACGACUACGUCCGCGCUCUGAUUGACAAGUACCCUGCGAAGGUCCUUGAGGACGGGGGCAACUGUUGUCCUGCUUUAGUCCAUGCCGUGUCGCGCGAACAACCGGAGAUGGUGGAACUCAUUCUACGGCACAGUAAAAAGGUGAUGGGGCUGACAGACUACGUGAACCAGCGCAGCUGUCAUCUGGACCAGCAGCGCACUGCCCUGCACAAGGCGGCGGAGUUGGGCAGCCUGCCCUGCGUCAACGUUCUGCUGCGUUACGGGGCGGAUCCCACCUUAACGGACGCCACCGGUGCCACGCCCCUGGAUGUUUGUCUGCGAGGCCCGCCGCCGGUAGAUCCGAGAAUACCUGUGCAACUCGACACCAGGUACCUGGACUGUGCUCAAGCGCUUAUUCAAGCUUCACCACCGAACAGUUACCAGUCUACGCUCGUCCGGGUCUUGCCAGAACACGCAGUGUUUUCUCCGUUACGACAGUAUCUGAGGGAGCCCCCGAGCCUGGUGGAACAUUGCAGACUGUCUAUCAGAUCUGCCAUGGGACCACGACAUCUACCAGAGGGAGCCAAGAAUCUCAGUUUACCAAAAAUGCUACAGGCAUAUAUUCAGCUGGAAAAAUGAUGAUUCUUUUUAUACAAAAUUUACAAAUGGAACCGUACUGAAUUGACGUUUUACAAAUUUCACCGUAUUUCGCCUCUAAUUAAUAUAUUGUAGUAAUACUAGUCUGAUGUUGUACAGGUAUACUUGUGAACGUUGAAUCGUAGCUGUCUAUGUUGAAAUUCAAAUACCGCUCGGAGUCACUCCCAUAACACGGUUAUCCACUUAUGGAUGACUUUAUUUUACGGUAUGUCUGCGAUUGUAAUGAAAUUAUGUGUUUUGAUGUAGAAUUGUUGUAAAUAUCUGUCGAAGCGUGAAUGCGAACAGAUCACUACUAUGAUUAAUAUAUUCAUUAUUUAUGACACAAUUACGGCAUAUUCAUUCUAUAGCCCUGUCUGCCAUUUUAACGACUCCCUUGACAAAUGAAAUGUUAUGUAUAUCAUAUGUGUAUAUAUGAAAUGCUUCUGGCUGUGAAUAGAUGGCAUAUCAAUAGAUUUCUGGACCUUGUGGCUUUUUUCUGACGCAGAAAAAGGGAAAUAAAACACGUUGUUCAUGUUGUAUGGUA